AGUAUCAAACAUGUCAAACCAAACGUGCUUCGGUUUAACAUGAAAGGGGGGCUUCCUAAACGUUGGUAGGUGAGUUAACUCCCCUUCCCUGAAGAUGAACUAAUUGUGUCUACCCCGCCUGAUUGUAUACGAGCGAUAUAUCGAUCGCCUGUCUGUACAGCACAGCGUUGUUCCGUAUGUUGUAACGAGAGGCAGAAACUACAAAACAGAAUUUUCUAUUGUAUGCAGAACGAAGGCACGCAGCGAUGGAGGCGAAUUCUCCUCCUCGUCUUCUCAGCACGGAAUAAAGUUUAAAUCCUCGAUCAUUUUGGGAGGCCAAAUUAAGACGAAGGGAUUUUUACAUGUAAUUCUACGUGAUAUGGAUACUACGAACGUGAUAUGUAAAACUUGUGCGGGUUGAAUGGAAGAUUUAAUCGGCAAUUGACAUGGAUCAGUGCGUAAACGUUGGCGGGGCGUAAGAUGGUAAGGUGGUCAUGUUUGGUGUUUAUUUUGGAUAGGGUCAUUAUCUGGAUGACCUCUUGUACUAUAACAAAUUAAAUAUCCAAAAUUGUUUUCUUUCCAAAUUUUGAGUCUCUUUCACCGAGUAAGGGGAACGUAAUGGCGUCGGUUGCAGCAUGGUUACCUUUUGCCCGGGCCUCAGCGAUUGGGUGGGUGCCCGUCGCCUCAAAUCCCCUCCCUCCUCCCAUGGUCCGACAGGAAGACAGGCGAGGGGAUGAGAAAAUCACAAUCAAUGUUAGUGGGAGGGUUUUUGAAGUAUGGCGGACGACACUAGAAAAAUUCCCUGAUACUCUUCUAGGUUCUAACGAAAAAGAUUUCUUUUACGACGAAGAAUGUAAAGAUUAUUUCUUUGACAGAGACCCUGAACUUUUCAGACAUAUACUGAACUACUACCGAACUGGAAAAUUACAUUACCCUAAACACGAAUGUCUUGCGGCUUAUGACGAGGAACUUUCAUUUUUUGGGAUUCUUCCCGAUCUCAUUGGGGACUGUUGUUACGAAGAUUAUCGCGACCGAAAACGAGAAAAUCAGGAACGACUAAUUGACGACAAGAACUCUGAAAAUGGCCACCUAGAACCCGUGGCUAAUCUCAGGGAGCGAAUGUGGAGAUGGUUCGAAAAUCCCCACAUUGGGACCGCUGCCCUGGUCUUUUACUAUGUAACGGGCUUCUUUAUAGCCGUAUCUGUGUUGGCUAACGUUACAGAAACUAUACCCUGUGGGUUAAUUCCGGGUACCCACGAAAACCCCGCGUGUGGGGAACGAUAUGAAUUAGCAUUCUUCUGUUUAGAUACAGCUUGUGUGAUGAUCUUUACAGCCGAAUAUUUACUUCGCCUUUAUGCAGCACCCGACAGGUGUAAAUUCAUGCGUAGUGUCAUGAGCGUCAUUGAUGUUGUGGCUAUUCUUCCGUAUUACAUAGGACUCGUCAUGACUGAGAAUGAUGACGUCAGUGGCGCUUUCGUCACGCUUCGAGUAUUUCGUGUUUUUAGGAUCUUCAAAUUUUCCCGCCACUCACAAGGUUUACGAAUUCUAGGAUAUACACUUAAGAGUUGUGCAAGUGAGUUGGGCUUUCUUCUAUUUUCACUGACCAUGGCUAUAAUCAUUUUUGCUACAGUGAUGUUUUACGCCGAAAGAAAUGUGGAGGACACAAAAUUCAUAAGUAUUCCCGAGGCAUUCUGGUAUACCAUCGUAACCAUGACAACCCUAGGUUAUGGUGAUAUGGUGCCAAAGACAAUUGCCGGAAAAAUAGUUGGCGGUUUGUGUUCCUUGAGCGGAGUUUUAGUCAUUGCACUUCCUGUUCCUGUUAUAGUGUCCAACUUCAGUAGAAUAUAUCACCAAAACCAAAGAGCUGACAAACGAAAGGCACAAAAGAAAGCGAGAAUUGCACGUAUUCGAAUGGCCAAAAACGCAAGUGGCGCCGCCUUUAUCAGUAGUAAGAAGCGGGCGGAAGAGGCAAUGCGGGCGAGAGAGAGUGGACUAGAAGUUGAGGAUCUGAAAAACCAAGAUACAUUAGAGAUGCAACACCAUCAUCUACUCAGUUGCUUAGAAAAGACCACAGACCGAGAAUUUGUGGAAUUGGAUAUGGCGUUUAAUGGGGCUCCAAACAAACCCUCAGAGACGCCCCCUCCUUCUCCAGACCCGUCUCUGACGUCACUAGACAGGCGGAAAGACACGGGGUGCUGCGGUCGUAGGUUUUCGCCACAUCGAAGAUUUCUCGUAAAGCGACGAAACACCGAUUCGGAUCAAGAUGACCUUAAUGAUAUUCAAAUUCGACUUCCAACCAUAAACCGAUCAUCUAGAUCAAACUUGAACGCUGUCAGCGGCGGGGCGACAACGCCUAACAGCAAAUCAAACAACCUGACUGUCACAACCGCUAUCGUAACACUACCCACACCUAGUACAACUCCUGAGACCGAGUCUCUCCUGGCGCAAACUGACCAGGCUCCACCCCCUUACCAACAGACUUUAUCACAGAGUCAACAAACUUCACAAAACGCAGGGGAUGUGGUGAAAAUAUCUUCAUUGUGAUAAAAGAUCGUGCGUUAGUUCUAUGUUAACGUCUCACCAAUAAUUUAUUAACAAAUCCUACCACUGGACAUCGCAAACUUGCGUUUGAUAGGCAAUAAUAUUGAGAAUGAUAUGCUGUUGGAAAAUGAUAUGAGAAUUUGUACCUCAAGGAUAAGUUUGAAGAGUGUAAAUGAUGGAAGAGGAGCUUAAAUCAAAAUAUUGAUGCGAUGACAGUAAAAAAAAUCAAACACGAGUAACGAUGUUACAUAUUUGCUACGAAUUCUGCCCAGUUGAUUCCAUAUGUUUCAUUGAGUAUCGUGCACUGACCACGGCUGUUUGCGGAAUGUUUAAAUCAGUGUGAUUUUUUUCACUACUUGACCACGUGAUUUUUUUUCCUGCGGAAAAAUAUUUAUGACAAUUUGUCACGUGAUACUUUCCAGAGCGAUGAUUGAUAACCGUUGUUCUUUUUCUAAUAUAUGUCUUUAGAAAAUAUUGCUCACGUAUGUGUAGAAUUUACAUUUUUGUAUUUUCAUCAGAUCUCACGUCAUUCCAUGUAAUAUACUGUCCCAUACAAAGCGAGAUGACUCCAUUUUGUACAAGAUGACCGUAUGACUCCCUCUGCACAAGUCCUGCUAUGCAUUGCAAACGGAUACAACACAUUAUCUAUAUAUCUACAAACAGACUCAACAUUCCUAGAAAAAUAGUAUUUAAUUCUUGACUAGAGUGGUCAUUUACAAUCAAUCCGGGUUAAAUAAUUCAUUAAAUAAUGAAGGGCAAACAAUUCAACAUAUGACUUGAUUAAAAAAAAAAAUAGGAAAGUGCUUGAAACUUAAAAACGCAAAUUAACUUUAAACUUUUUUGGAUCACAUUUUAAGCAAGUAUAUCCCUUAUCACAGAAGGGGAAAUUUACAGCAUAUCCUCCAUUGUUUUAAAGAUGAUUAAAAAACAUUUUCUGUAAAAUAAAAUAAGAAAAUUAAAGAUAAAACUAUCACAAUGAAAAUGGCGACGGCCGUUAUCAGAAAAAAAUAUCUACACCACGACCAAAACUUCUUACCUAGAUGAAAAUGUAUUGUAGCGUUGCAGAAAUAUGCAAAGCGCCGCAACCUUUUCAAACCUCACUUAAAACAUCACUCAUAUUCACCACCGUCACUUGUAUAUAGACGUGUUUCAUGUGGCAACGUAAGUCUUUUCUUUUUUGAGUAUAAUAUAACGCUUUAGUUUAAAUUUGAGAAAAAAUUGAAUUCAGAAAUGUCUUAAUGCAUGAAUGUAAAUAUUGAUCGAUCACAUGAUUUCAACUUCAAUAAACAUUAUGAUAAUGAUAAUAAAUAAACUUUGGGAAGGGAGGGGGUUUAUGGUUAAAUAUUGAAAUAAUCGACCUUCAUUUUCAGACUACGUACGGUAUUUCGAUGGCACUUGUGUAUAAAAAAGUUCUCACAAGUAAAGUGAACCAACUUUUUUCCCGAAACUUGCGAUCUUUUUUGUUUCUUCUUUUCAAACAAGUAUUCAUUGUUGCUGAAACCAUUAAUGUUACUGUAAUUCUUUUCAUUGCGUGAAUGUUAUUUUCAUAUAUUUUGAACUUCUUUGUGUAAUUCAUACGUCAACAGUAUGUAAUUAAACAGAAAGACCCACUUCGCGGAUGAAUACAUUCAGUCUGUUGUUCUGAAUGCGGACUAUUUGAUCCUUGUGUGCGACCGAAUGGAAGUGAGUAGCCCACUGUGAAGCAAUGUUUCUCUUGUUUUGAGGAGCGUAUCUACACAAACUAGGAUGUGGUGUUGAGUGAUUCAAAAUUUGUUAUACUCUGCUUAGAUGGAUAAGAGACCUACCUUUAACCCAUGUGUGAAUUGUUCCGUGACUCGGGGUUAUAGUGUAUGUUAGAACGGGUGUUCCCGUUGUUACUGUUUUAAUACUACAAUAAAUUCCCAUUACAAACUUAACGAAA